AUGUCCGAUCCGCCGGUAAAACGCUACCGACGCGAUGAUAAAUCGUCAGAUACAGAAGACGACGUGGAUAAUUAUGAGCCGUACGUGCCUGUAAAAGAGCGUAUGAAACAGAAGUUACUGAAAUUAGGUAGACUAGGACAAGUAGCUAAUGAGGUAGCUGCUGAAACGAAGAGUUCUAGUGACAACGAUCCAGACGAUGAGGGUUCGCAAGAGGAAUGGGGCAGGCGUUACAAUGUUUCCCUGCUGGACCAGCACAGUGAGUUAAAACGACUCGCCGAAGCCAGGGCACUGUCUGCAGCCGAGCGACAAGCAAAGGAAGAGGAGCAUAUCUUGGAAAGCGUAGCCCAGAGCAAAGCAUUGAUGGGUGUUGCGGAGUUAGCCAAAGGUAUCCAAUACUCCGAACCAAUAAAAACAUCAUGGCGUCCGCCGCGGUGUAUUCUAGAACUGCCUGAGUCUAGACACGAGCGGGUGCGGCAACAGCUCAGGAUACUCGUGGAGGGCGAGGAUGUGCCACCCCCCAUUCGCACCUUCCAACAUAUGAAGUUUCCUAAAGGUGUCCUCCGAGGUCUGGAAGCGAAGGGUAUCAAACACCCGACCCCCAUACAAGUGCAAGGUAUACCGGCGGUGCUGAGCGGCCGGGACAUGAUCGGCAUAGCCUUCACCGGCUCCGGGAAGACGCUGGUGUUCACGCUGCCGCUGAUCAUGAUGUGCCUGGAGCAGGAGGUUCAGAUGCCGUUCAUCAAAAACGAAGGCCCAUACGGUUUGAUAAUCUGUCCGUCGAGAGAACUGGCCAAACAGACACACGAUAUAAUACUGCACUUUGUGAAACACAUGAAAAUGACUGGCCACCCCGAAAUAAGGAGCUGUCUCGCUAUUGGCGGUGUUGCCGUAUCGGAAUGUAUGGAAACCGUACAGAGGGGAGUUCACAUAAUGGUCGCUACACCCGGCCGACUCAUGGACAUGCUGGACAAGAAAAUGGUUCGUUUGAACGUCUGCCGGUACCUCUGUAUGGACGAAGCUGAUCGGAUGAUAGACAUGGGCUUCGAGGAGGAUGUCAGAACGAUAUUCUCAUACUUUGCCGGGCAGAGACAGACGCUGCUGUUUAGCGCGACCAUGCCGAGGAAGAUACAGAAUUUUGCGAGGUCAGCGCUAGUGAAGCCAGUGACGGUGAACGUGGGGCGGGCGGGCGCGGCCUCGCUCAACGUGCGCCAGGAGUUGGAGCUGGUGAAGGCGGAGGCGCGGACGGUCCACCUGCUGCACUGCCUCCAGAAGACCGCGCCGCCGGUGUUGGUCUUCGCCGAGCGGAAGCAGCACGUGGACGCGAUACACGAGUACCUGCUGCUGAAGGGAGUAGAGGCGGUUGCGAUCCAUGGUGGCAAGGAUCAAGAGGAGAGAUCGCGAGCCGUGGAAGCGUUCAGGAGAGGAGAGAAGGAUGUCCUGGUCGCUACCGACGUAGCCAGUAAAGGUCUCGACUUCCAGAACAUCCAGCACGUGAUCAACUACGACAUGCCGGAGGACAUAGAGAACUACGUGCACCGCAUCGGGCGGACGGGCCGCGCGGGCACCGCCGGCGUCGCCACCACGCUGCUCGGCCGCCAGCAGGACGACAGCGUGCUGCGCGACCUGGCGCACCUGCUGCGGGAGGCGGGGCAGAAGGUCCCGUCAUUCCUGAUCGAGAUGUUGGGCGAGGCGGACGUGCCGGCGCCGGACGGGCAGGGCUGCUCGUACUGCGGCGGGCUGGGACAUAGAAUCACCGAAUGUCCAAAAUUGGAAGCGGUUCAGAACAAACAGGCUUCGAAUAUCGGCAGACGAGAUUACUUGGCGAACACCGCGGCUGAUUAUUAGUUUUAAUUUUAUCGAAGGACCAAUUUUAAUAAUCUGUCUCACUCGAACUUGUGGUUACUCUGUAUGUUAGAAAGGGAUGGUUAUAGAUAGCACGACUCUAUAAAAAAUCUUCUAUAUAGACCAAUAUUAAUAGUUUUAAAAACGUUUUCAAAGGAACAAAUUGAAUUAGCUGUCUCGGUCGAGAGCUUGGAUUCUGUGUAUGUUAGAAAGCCAUAAGGGUAAUUAGUAUAGGAAUUUUAUACUAAGAAUAAAUUGUAAAUAUAUUUAAAUAUAAGCUAUGUGAAUAAAUAUUGAACUUUAUAUCGACUUCUUGUUGUCCUAUACUAUAUCUGUACUAAUACUAUAAAAAGACACUUUUGUAUGUUUGUAACGUUUUCACUCAAAAACUGCUGGAACAAUUUAAAAAAUUUAAACACGAUUAGCAAGCUACAUCUUCACUAAGUGACAGACUAGAUAUGUAGCACGAACGAACAGCUACUUGUAGCAACCAAUCACUAUUAAGACUAGUGAAUUAUGUACGAGGUAUCAUAUUAUUAUUUUAGUGAGAACUUUAUAGUUGUGU